UUGACCAGUGCGUCGAAAAAACGUCACUCAGUCAUUUUGAAAUUCAAAUUACAGUAACACAUUGCGUAGGCUGAGGAUGACAAGCAUGACACCUUCAAAGCGACAAAGGAUUGUGCAAGAACGUAUUUAUUGACUUCUAUUUCACAUUUCCACCGAACAGAAAAUCUCUAUCCUAGAGCACGUAUUCAUAAAACUUAAAAAAGACAGGAAGACAAUGGAAAUUGAAGAGGAUAUAUGGCGGGAAGCUAGAAGUUUGUGUAAGAAGCUACAGGACUAUGGAAAUGACACCGUUGUCAUGUCAAUAAAUAGACAAACAGAGAAAACAACAUGCCAAACAUCAGAUCCAGUUGAUACCUUUCUUGACAAGAAUCCAGAUUGUUUACAGAAGUUUAAAGAUUUUUGUUUGUCUUUGUAUGCUUCAACUGGUUCAAUCCAAAAUGAAGAUGAGGUGAAAGUUCAAGAUAAGAGCUGGGAAAAGGUGAAUCAGUCAGUUGUAGGAAACCAGUCAUCAGAUGAGGAUACAGAAGACUAUUCAGAUUAUGAAACUAUGAAAGAUCCUCCUAUAAAUAUGAAAAACACAAAGACAAAGUUACAGGAAAAGAAUCAAAAAUUGGGUAAAUAUUCAGAUUCUGAAAUUAGUAAAAAAGAAGAAAUAAGAAGUAAGACUAUAAAACCAAAAAUCAGAACGGUUGAUAGUAUAGUUAUCAGCUCAAAGGAAAAGACCUUCAAUACUUCUGCCCCUAAGAAAAGAAAAAUGUCAAAGUCUGUAAAAAAUGAUCGAACAACAAGAGUGCAAAGAAAAACCACAUCAUCAACAGUAGGAAAAAGUAGAAUAGAAACAAAAGGCAGCUGUGAAAGAGAAUUAACUCAAGGAAAUACACAAUUCAGUGCAGACAAAAGUAAAGAAAAUAUGGCAACUGACAUUGAUUUGUAUCGAAUAGGAGCGCAGUGGCCUAGUUAUUCAAUUACCUGUCAAAUCUGUCAGAUGAACUGGUCCAGUAAAAUUGCCUAUGUCAAUCAUAUCCGUUCCCACAAGGAAUAUCAAAUUUGUAGCAUUUGUGAUGAACUGAUUCAUGUCAAAGAUAUGAGUAUUGAAACACAUAUUAGCGAAAAACACAGUGACAUAAACCCUUUUAAGUGCACAAUUUGUGGACGCGGAUACAAAAGUAAAAAUGGCGUCAGGAACCAUUACGUGGCGGUUCAUGCCGAUUCUUCUGCUAGAUUUUGGUGUGAACUAUGUAACCGUGCAUUUGGCACUAAUAACAAUUACAAGACUCACAUGAGGUCCCAUAAGGAAAGAAAACAUUGUUUUAUGUGUAAGCAGGAAUUUGAAAACCUAGAGCUACUGAGAAAACAUAUGAAGGAUAGCCAUGCUUAUUAUUUAUGUUUGAUUUGUAAUAGGUAUUUCCCCGAUGAACUGGAACUCAAGGAGCAUGAAGAGACACAUUCGGAAAAUGAGAAAAAGUCCGGAAUUAAUCAUGAUAUCAGAAAAUUUUAUGAUUCAAGUAAUGAAGAUGUGAUGGAAAAAGAUAACAAUCAAACAAAUAAUCAUGAUAAUGCUGGGAGUACCGGAAGAAAAAAUUUAAGAGAGUUAUUUUUGAAAUUGUUAAAAAAUCCAGAUAUAAUGGAUGAAGAUAAAAAAGCUAAAAAUAAAACCACUUCAAAUGAUUUAAAGGGAGGUAAAGAAGAAAACAUAUCCAGUAAAAGCAGUCAACAAUGUGGGACUGCUAGAAAAUCCUUUAAAUGUAAAUUUUGUGGUCGUGUUUUUAAACUUGGAAUUGCUUUUGCACGUCAUGUAAAGUUACACAACAAUCAGUCAACCUUUAAAUGCCAGCAUUGUGGUAAAACUUGUAAAAAUGAAGAGACUUUUAAACAUCACAUGAUUUUACAUCUGCCUGACGAGAAGAGGCCACAUCGCUGUCAAGAAUGUGGUAAAGGGUUUGCCACUAGUACCUGUCUAAAGAAACAUUUUCUAGUUCACAGUAAAUUGAAGGAGUAUGUGUGUGAAUUCUGUGGUCAGUGUUGCCGAGAUAUGACAACUUUGAAGAUACAUCGUAGAUCUCAUACUGGAGAAAGACCAUACAAAUGUAAAUCUUGUCCAAAGACUUACCGCAGCUGGGACGCAUUGCGCAACCACCAACAGUCUGUUCAUCUACCAAAGAAAUCAUAUAUGUGUGAUAUAUGUGGGAAAUUUUACACACAAAAGCAUAGACUUUAUGAACAUAAACGCACACAUCGGGAAGAUGGGUUGAAAUGUGAUGUUUGUGGAAUUAAAGCGCUGAGUGUUGCUGCUGUCCGAAGACAUUUGGUUCUAGAGCAUUUAGAAAUUGCCAAAGAAAGGGGAUAUAAAAUCUAUACCUGUGAUUACUGUCAAAAGAUUUUACCAAACAAAGAAAAAUAUGAUUAUCAUAUACGGCAGCAUACUGGUGCCAGGCCGUUUAGUUGUUUGGAAUGUAAUAAAAGUUUCAGAGACCGGAAACAGCUCAAGAUCCACAUGAGAAUCCAUUUAAAUGAUAAGAAAUAUUCCUGUUCUGUGUGUAACAAGUCAUUUCUUUACAACAGAACCCUUAAAAAACAUCUUUUAACUCAUCAAACUGAAAAUGAUCCUCGUCCACGGCAUAAUUUUUCAACAAUUGAUGUAGAUCCUUCAAGUAUAUACAUGCCAUGUGAAACUCGUUUUUCUGAUCACAUUUAUAGUGCUGUGUGCAGGUCUAAUGGGAAUUUGGUUUCCAAUAGCAACACUUCUCAUAGGGACACUGUACAGAACGUGCAUCACUUGAACACAUCUCAUGAAGAACCUGUUCAGAAUGUUCAUCAAUUGAACACUGUUCAUGGAUUUCCCAUGAAUUACUAUACAGAAAGACAUACUUCUGAAACCUAUGGUAGUGAAAAUCCACUUGUUGGAACAUUUAAUAACUUAUACUCUAACCAGAAUCUUGGACAAAAUUAGAUCAAUAUGUCCAUUUUAUCAAUGAAUAAAUUGAUUCCUUGAAAUGGAUACAUUGAUAAAUGAACCUUGUGAACCUAGCACGGUAAAAAUCUGACUCGGGUAGCACAUCAUUUUAGUACAAAGCAGGGUUAAUAAUCAUAUCACAUCAACAUGUUAUUUUACUGAUAUAUGCAUGUAAUAUUUGCCACUGGAUGGUAACCAAUUCGUUCAUCUGUGAAAGUAAAGAAAAACAUGGAAAACCUGGAUUGGUUUUUCUUUUGUUUUUUAUAAACUUUCUGAAAUUCAUUAUUUAUCUGAUCAUUUCACAUCCAUUAUCAGGCUUCUCAAACUGUUUUAAAAGCUUUUGAGAGCUGAAACCAAAUUACUCAGUCAGCAUGCCUUGUUUUAAAAUUGUGUCCAAUAAACAACCUAGAUUCGCAUCUCUAAAAACAAUUGAUAAUAAUGAUAAAAAGAACAUAAAAUAGGUAAAAUUAAAAUUUUUAUUGUCAUCUCUGUUAAUAAUUAUUUGCUGAAUUUUAGUACCAUACAUAUAUUAUAUAUAUGUCCAAUAAACAGGAUAGACAAUAGUUGUAUGUACAAACAUAUUUACAAUAAAUGGUUUUGGCAUGAAAUACAAACAAUAAAACUGACAUAUGUUAUCAGUAGUAGUAUACAGUAGUAACCAUGGUAACAGUGGCUUUCAUAUGAAAAAGAAAUGGUUACACAUAUUUGUGUUUUGUUGUAUAAUCAUUAAUAUUCAGGUAAUCAUACUUAAAAUUUAGAAAGAUUUUUUUGAUAAGAUGUGACAGGAUUGCUUCCCUUGAAUAGUAGAUACUUAAUCAGUGGUAAGCGGUUGAGCUAAGGCAGUACUUCUUUAGCUCAGUUUGUUAGAGCACUGCCUUGUAACACAGAUGUCCAUGAUGUCCCAGGUUCAAGUCCCGGUGGAGACAAUGUGAUUUUGUAAUAAGAAUCAUGCUCUCCAGCUACAUAGAGACAAUCUUUUAAAAAAAUUGCAGUGAUUUUAUAAAUUAUUAAUGCUUGGCAAACUGCUGCUCAACAUUGCGGACAUAUGCCUAAGUGAUAUUACUGAAUGCAAUUUAAUAAAAUUGAAAUAAGUGUUUAUCUUUUUAUAUAA